GAUCCCCCUCCCCGCCCGCGCUCCCGUCCCCGCCACCGCCGCGCACGACCCUUCCCCCGACCCCCCGCGCCCGCCCCAAACUUGGCGGGUGCGCGGCGCCCGGCGGGGACGGUGCCGGCCGCCCGCCCGCCCAGCAGGUCCUGGGAAGCAGUAGAUGUAAUUUGAAGAAAAUUUGAAGGAACAAAUGGCUUUAGCUGGCUGCCCAGACUCCUUUUUACAUCUUCCUUAUCGGAUAGACAAUGUAGAUCAGACUUCAGCUCAUGGUCGGCGGGAUCUGGUGGAACCAGGUUUCCAAGAGCCAUCUAACCGCAUCUCCCUGAGCCACCAAGAUGACGAUGUGGACCUGGAAGCUUUGGUAAACGACAUGAAUUCCUCAUUUGAAAGUUUAUACUCUACAUGCAGUAUGCAGUCGGAAACCACUCCGCUCCUGCAGAAUGGCCAGCUGAACCGCAGCCAGCUGCCAUCCUCAGGGUCCGGCACCCUGCAGCCCACGUCCCCGAGGCAGAAGGUGCAGCGCUCCCAGCCAGUGCGCAUCAUGGCAGUCAGGCGUCUUCAAGAAGAGGAACAGCAAUUCAGAACAUCGUCUUUGCCGGCCAUUCCAAAUCCCUUCCCAGAACUUUGUAGCCCCGCGAGCUCUCCAGUGCUGGCCCCUGGAUCUUUACCUCAGAGUCAACCUGCUAGUAAGCAUGAUGUAAAAGUCUUUAGUGAAGAUGGAACAAGCAAAGUGGUCGAGAUUCUAGCAGACAUGACAGCCAGGGACCUCUGUCAGCUGCUCGUUUACAAAAGUCAUUGUGUGGAUGAUAACAGCUGGACUCUAGUGGAGCAUCACCCUCACCUAGGAUUAGAGAGAUGCUUGGAAGAUCAUGAGCUCAUAGUUCAAGUUGAGUCCACAAUGGGAAGUGAAAGUAAAUUUUUGUUCAGGAAGAAUUAUGCAAAAUAUGAAUUUUUCAAAAAUCCCAUGAAUUUCUUUCCAGAACAAAUGGUUGCCUGGUGCCAGCAAACAAAUGGCAGUAUCCCACAGUCACAACUUUUGCAGAACUUUUUAAACUCCAGUAGCUGCCCUGAAAUUCAAGGUUUCUUGCAUGUGAAAGAGCUGGGUAGGAAAUCAUGGAAGAAACUGUUYAUGUGUUUGAGGAGAUCAGGACUUUAUUGUUCUACAAAAGGAACUUCAAAGGAGCCAAGACAUUUGCAAUUGUUGGCUGACCUAGAAGACAGCAAUAUCUUCUCGUUGAUAGCAGGCAAGAAGUUGUACAAUGCCCCUGCAGAGUAUGGAUUUUGUAUAAAGCCCAACAGAGUGAGAAAUGAAACUAAGGAACUGCGGUUGUUGUGUGCUGAAGAUGAGCAAAGCAGGAUGUGCUGGAUGACUGCCUUUCGACUCCUCAAGUAUGGAAUGCUACUGUAUCAGAAUUAUAGAAUUCCCCAGCAGCGAAAAGCCAUGCUUCCACACUUUUCCACUCCAGUAAGAAGUGUAUCUGAAAACUCACUAGUAGCAAUGGAUUUUUCGGGGCAAAUAGGAAGAGUUAUUGAAAAUCCUGCUGAAGCACAGAGUGCUGCCUUGGAAGAAGGACAUGCUUGGAGGGUAGCUAUCUUCUCUUCUUUUCUAUUUUUGCCAUCAAAACGUAGCACAAGAAUGAACAUCUUGGGUAGCCAAAGUCCACUCCAUCCUUCCACACUGAGUACAGUUAUUCAUAGGACACAGCACUGGUUUCACGGCAGAAUCUCUAGAGAAGAAUCUCACAGGAUUAUUAAGCAACAGGGGCUUGUAGAUGGAUUAUUUCUUCUCCGGGACAGCCAAAGCAAUCCAAAGGCAUUUGUACUUACGUUAUGCCAUCAUCAAAAAAUAAAGCAUUUUCAGAUCUUGCCGUGUGAAGAUGAUGGACAGAUAUUUUUCAGUCUGGAUGAUGGGAACACCAAAUUCAGUGAUCUAAUCCAGCUUGUUGAAUUCUAUCAACUAAACAAAGGAGUCUUGCCCUGCAAACUCAAACACCACUGCAUCCGAGUGGCCUUAUGACCUCAAAUCUGACUCACUGAAGACUGGAUUUGAUAGAAGAGUAAUUGUAAGAGAACGUUGACACUGGGGAAUUGGCAGAUUUGUAAGUUGGUUAAAAAAAAAUAUUAUGCACCUUGGGACUCUGAAAGGGAUGGAUUCGACAGGUGCCAACAGACCAAGAUUGCUGGUUUGUCUAACACCUAAGAGUGAUUGCUGCUGAGUGUCCCAGCAUCCCAAAAAUGGGGGGAGGGUCUGUAAAACAAUGAGUAAAUUUGAAACAAAACUGGAAACUAUCUUGGCUGGGCCACUUAACAGGAACAAGUGUGAAGAGAAAUCUUUGAAAAGAACUCUUGCCCUGGAAUAAUCUUGACAAUUAAGACUAGUGUGUUUACUUUUUGUAUUGAUCACUUUUUUUGCACUCCUACUUUGUUUCGGAUAUUGUAUGCAGCCUAUAUUAGGAGCUGAUGUGGCUUUUAAAAUUCAUGCAGGAGUUGGGUAUUAAUCUGCACCCUAAAAUGUAUGGAAUGCUUCAGCCUAAAAGGAUCUAGAAGAAAAUCAAGAAGCGUGUAUGUGUGUGUGUGUGUGUGUGUGUGUGUGUGUGUGUGUGUGUGUGUGUGUGAGUGCGCGUCUUAGUACUUCUCUGGAGACCUGAGGUUCAAUGAUCUGCAGAUGUCUUUGAAGAAGCAAUGAGGAUACAAUUCUAAAAGAACAUACCACCAAUAUACGUACUCUUAAAACUGCUGACUUGUAGCAUUAUGGCUGUAGUAUGUUGAUGGCAUAUUAGUGGCAUCCAGUCAUGCAGAGACUGUAUUAGAUUCUAUGCACAAAUUUUUAUUAUUGGAGUGGUGGUUUGUUUUUUACAGCCUUUUGACUGUUUUCCUGAGAAAACUUACUGUUACUAAAUAGAGUAGGACUGAAUGACUACACUUGUAUUUCAAACCACCAUUUUUGUGAGAAGAUUCUUCUGCAGGUAGUCUUAGUAUGACAAAAUAAAAAAUGAUUAAAAAAACAGUGUUUUUAGCUUUAUAGCUCCUUGAAUUUUCAGACUGUUUCAAAGAGCUCUUUCGAUAYAGUAAAGCUACAGUGAACACAAAGCUCUCCUGGGGAUAGGGCAUAAGAAGAACUGUACCCCUUCUGCUUUUUGUAGGGCCAUGAAAGUUUACAUGGUGAGAAGGAACAUGCUGGGAAUAGAAACAGAUUUGAUUGUGGAGUAGCUGCUGGCAAUAUCGUCCAUCGAGGUAACUGGUAUCCCUGUGUCAUGUGUGCUACCGCACGCCAGUACCUGUGGCAGACAAGCAUGUAUCUUGCUCUGGUGCUGGUUUGUCAUCAGAACUACUUUAUUGUUAAUGUUUAAAUGAAUUAUUUAAUGUUUACACAAUAACUCUUUCUGAUGAUAAAUCAGUAUUAAAGUCAGACAAGUCCCACCUUGAUCCUGCAAUUGCAACCAACCAUUCCUUCACCAACUGUUUGAACUGARUAACUUCCCAGUGCUUGGUGCCAUUAGCAACAGUGAGAAGUAUUCCACCCUGGGAACUUGCAGAGUGUAGUGCAGAACAGAGCAUUCGUAAAAUGGUAAAUGAUUUACACAGGCUAGUUAAUCCUUAAUAUUUGCCACUGGGUCUGAAAUCCUAGCCAUCUGAAAGGGUAAAGAAGGAAAACCAAUCCUACACUUUUAGGUUUUCAUGUAGUGUUAAGAAUAGCUUAAGACAAACCAUAACCUGCCUGAGUCGUCCAUAUCAGCUUAAACUAUGUCAAUGGUAUAGAAACACUGUAUUUUAGUUUACAGAACACAUUUAGUAUUUUUUUCCAUUUAAUGUCUAGAUACUAAAAAUGAAGAAACUUGAUUUUGUUUUUAGUACAAGCCUUUUUUGUUUUGUUUUGUUUUGCUUUUUUAAUUGUACAUAGUGAAAUGAGUGUUCCUGCUUUCUAGACAAUGUAUUUUAAAACCUUGAAAUUAAGCUAACUUAAGUCUGACUUCACUUUGCAUGCUUCUAUUUGGCCCCUUUUAGGAGAAAAAAGAUACUUGUAUUGACUACAUUACCAGUUUAAUAAGACCAUUUAUGCUAUAGUUUUAAGUUUUUCUGUUUACAUAGCUUAGUGACAACCAUGCAUUUUUCCCAGUAGGCGGAUAGUAUUUGCAGUGUUUCAUAUUUAUAAAAAAAAAAAAAACCUUGCAUCUUAUUUAAAUUGAGAAUAAAAGUUUGACUAUGAACCAUGAUUUUUGUAUGUAGAUGGUUGACUUAGUAUUUUGUACUCUUCCCAGCUAAAGUGAGCUGUUUUGAGAAAGUGACCACCUUCAAAGUGGCAACAAUCUUACUUAAGCAGAUCACUGCUUUGUCUUCUUUCUGCUGGAAAACAGUCAAUACCACCUUAGUUUUCCAACAGAUUCAGCUGGCUGCCAGCUCAGAAUACCAAGGACUGAAGGACAUUUGACUCUUAUUUUUGUAUUUAAAUGACAUGAAUGUAAAGGGGAUGCUCAGGGUUGUUUUGGAGCCUGUUGAAUUUUUAUCUUUUUGCCUGUGAUUUUAUUUUCUAAAUAAAUACUUCAUGUAGCAAUCUUGAAUAUGUUGAGAAGGAAAAUGCCAAACCAUUUUGGUAAUGAGGUUACUAGUUAAGUUAUGUUACGAUAGGUGUUAAAGUACAAAAAACUUUUUAUUUGUUAAUUAAUCUUGAAGAAACACGUGCCUCAGUUUAGAUGUUUUGUCUUAUCUUUUCUGCACUAAAUACCUGACAGUUUGACCAAUCAAUGCACCUUUCCAGUGGCAAGACUUGCUUAUCGUAAAUUAUAUUGUCACAAUGCAAGAUUUAGUGACUGUAAAAUGGAAUAAAGUUUAAAGUUUCAGGGAAUGCAAAAGGUAUUAACUUAAGAGACAAAWCCUUUAUUCAAUAUGCUUUGCUUCAUACUGUAAAUAGCUUUUUGGCUUGUGAACCUAAUUGUAAUCUUUCAGGUAUUUUUGUACAAAUAAGGGACUGAUAUUCUGUUUCUUGUAAUUAGAAAUAAACGUUAAUACAAUGCUAUUCAUUUUACAUUGGAAUGAA